CCUCCACAGAGAAUCUCUCCACGAUGGUGGUGGAUUUUUUGAGCUGGUGCCUCUGACGCGAUAUAGAGUGUCGGUUUAGUUGGUGUUUGGAGGCAAACAGAGAAGCACACGGUUUAACUUGGAAGCCAAUCAUUUCAAAAGUUUCUCUCUCCAAAAAAAGGUCUCAGUUCUUCACGGAUUCCUUGUGGAAUUUCAAAGAAUCAUCUGAAGGGGAAGAUGUUUAGUGGAUUGGUGUGACAAGAAAAGAAAGGAAUUUUAAUGGAUGUUGGAUUUAUUUAUUUUUAAAUAAUUUUUCUUUUGCAUUAGUCAACUGUGUUCAGGAAAAGUGUCUAAUCUCUUUGAGUGAUUUUUUUUCUUCGUGGCCAAAGUGAAUCUUUCUUAAAGUAUUUUGUGAGAAAAAUCCCCUGAAGGUCAAGAGGAGUCAAGAUUUUCUGAAUUCCCCAAAGCGAGUUUACGAGAGAGCGAGAGAGGAGUGUGCGAGAUGACUUCACAGAAAAUCACCCUUCCGGCACUGCUGGUGCUGCUAUGCGCCUGCAUGGUGGAAAAUCUCAGUGUAGAAGAGAACUAUGGCAAUGGCUUAAAUGUGAGUCUUCCAGAACCACGUGCCUAUAUCCCAGAUGCGCAUCUACUGGACUUUGUCUAUCACAAUCACGAAGAGAUGACACGAUUUCUGCGUGCAACCAGUGCACGCUAUCCAAAUCUCACUGCCCUCUAUUCCAUUGGGAAAUCCGUCCAGGGACGCGAUCUCUGGGUGAUAGUUGUUUCAGCAUCGCCAUAUGAACAUAUGCUGGGCAAGCCUGAUGUUAAAUAUGUGGCAAAUAUCCAUGGGAAUGAGGCUGUGGGAAGGGAACUGAUGCUGCAUCUCAUUCAGUAUUUUGUCACCAGCUACACCACUGAUCCCUACAUCAAGUGGUUGCUGGACAAUACCCGUAUUCACAUUUUGCCCUCAUUGAAUCCUGAUGGAUAUGCCGUGAGCAAGGAGGGAACAUGUGAUGGAGGUCAGGGACGGUACAAUGCUCGUGGGUUUGAUCUCAAUCGCAACUUCCCGGACUACUUCAAGCAGAACAAUAAGCGUGGUCAGCCUGAGACGGAUGCUGUGAAGGAAUGGAUCUCAAAGAUUCAGUUCUCGCUUUCUGGCUCGCUGCAUGGUGGUGCUUUGGUUGCCUCCUAUCCCUACGAUAAUACACCGAACUCUAUGCCCCCAAAAAAAGGAAUUUGUCGGUCUUCUGCACUAUGCUCGUUGUUCCAGAGCUAUGCUUCGUCGCCAUCGCUGACGCCCGAUGACGACAUCUUCCGUCAUUUAUCCCUCACUUAUGCCAGCAAUCAUGCCAAGAUGAGUCGUGGAGUAGCCUGCAAGACAUCCUCACCGUCCUUCGAGAAUGGUAUCACAAAUGGUGCUGCCUGGUAUCCAUUGACAGGAGGAAUGCAGGAUUACAACUACAUCUGGUACGGAUGCAUGGAAGUGACCCUUGAAGUUUCUUGCUGCAAAUAUCCUCCAGCUCAUGAACUCCGCAAGUAUUGGGAUGACAAUCAACUGUCUCUCGUGAAAUUCCUCGCUGAGGUCCAUCGUGGUGUCCAGGGCUUUGUCACUGAUUCUAGUGGUACUCCCAUUGAGAAAGCUUCUCUCAAGAUCAAGGGCCGAGAUGUGGGCUUCCAGACCACGAGAUAUGGAGAAUUCUGGCGAAUUCUUCUUCCAGGUGUCUACAAACUUGAGGUUUACGCUGAUGGAUUCAUUCCUCGUGAGGUCGAUUUUAUGGUGGUGGACCAGCAUCCCACACUCCUCAAUGUCACUAUGCAGCCAGCCAAGGGAUAUCACAUGUAUAAUUUACUAAAGCUCACCACAACCACAACAUCCAUCCCAAGAACACCGUCUCCACCAAAGGCGACUUCCGACUUGAUAAGUUUCCCUGAAUAAUUAUCAACUGCCAUAAGUAGUCCUAUAUCUUGUUGCUAAUCUUUGACUCCUCAUCCCAAGAAAGAAAAAAAUCUUUAUUCCGUGUGUUCUUGAUUAAAUGAAUUUUUGCCAAAAAAAAACAGAUAAAUGCAAAAAAAACUCAAUGUAAUUAGAGAGUGACAAAUUUAAUUGCCUUGUUGCACUUUGUAAAUACAAUAUAGUGUGUUCCCAGUUUGUGGUGGAAGAUUACCCAGCCACAAAUUUAAUUUAAAAAAAAAUUGAUCUUAAUUGGAAAGAUUGAGGUGAAAGUAUAGCAUGUUGAAUUUGUGAUUUUGAUUAAAAGUUCGAUUGCGAAAAAAUAAA